UUGUGAGAAACCUUUAGUCAUAUUCAGAAAUGAAUCAUUUUUACAGCUAACAUGACAAGCCCUAGAGGAAGUAUACAUGUAAACAUUUAUUAAUGUUCACAAUGUUCACUACUAACACUACAGCCAACUUAAAUUACUGCACGCUUAUACUACUACAGUAAUCUAUCAGUUUAGACAAGAGGAAUCUGAUGCAAAUUUGAAGUCAACAUUGUCCUGCCAUUCCUAAUAAACUCUCUAUUAGUCUUUUUAUUCAGUUAGAUGUCUGAAAGCAGGUGUGAACACAGUGCAGUAGUAACGCAGUGCGCAUCUCAGUGACCCUACAGCUUUACUCUAACCUUCACUUCAGCCAUUUUAUUUCAAAUGCCAAGUCACAAGCAGAGGAACCGAACCAGGAAACGCCACAGUAAUGUUCCAUUCCCUCAAAAACACUGAUUAUUUUAUCACAUGCAACAAAUACAGUUGUGUUGCUUUCGUAGUGGGUGUAUUCUUAUUUUAUUUUUUUAACCUGGGAAGAAAGAAUACCUUGGAAGAUGCACCAUUACGAGAAAUCAGGUGAGGGAACUGAAACUGAGAAUAAAGCGCCACCUACUGGACUGGUUCGGAAAGAAUAAUGGGUAGCUUAGUGGUUAAGACGCUGGACUACUGAUGUGGAGGUCAUAGGUCACCACCACCAUCAAAUCUCACCACCACCAAGCUGCUACUGCUAAACCUAGCAUAUGUAUAUUUAUACUUUUUUUUUGUAUAAAUGAGAUAAAUAUAGGUCGUUCUGGAUAAGGGCAUCUGCAGUGGGACCAAAGUCUGUUUUUAUUUCAUAUCUGGGGAAAUCACCACACACUAUUAUCACAAUUAGUAUAUUUAUAAUCGAAUUAUAGUUAUUACCCUGUCUGACAAGUAAUUUCAGUGAAAUGGCUUUUUCCCCAAACCCCAGUAACUCAAAAACAAGAAGACCUAUAAAUAAGUUGAACCUAGUGUUUCUGUCGGUGGAAAGUUCAGAUAUAAAAAUGCAUGCUUCUAAUAAAUAGCCAGAAUAUAUUGUACGCAAUUAGAGUGAAUAUUGGUAAAGUGGGACACUUAAGAUCAAACCUCUGUGUCUUAACAUGUAUACUCUCACUGAUCUAAAUUCCUUACUGAGCUCAUGCUUGAGAAGUAAAGGGUUAAAUUAAUCAAAACUAGGAUCCUGAGAAUCAGUAGGAAGUGAAAUAGCUAUAUGAGGCAAAUCAUGUUAAGGUUAAAAAAAAAAAAAGUGAAAACCUGAUUAAAGAUUUGUGAAUGUCCACUUUAUUAGGAACACCUGUACACCCACACAUUCAUGCAGUUAUCUAAUAUGGGCUGGUCUGAGUAUUUCAGAAACUGCUAAUCUCCUGGGAAUUUCACACACAACAGUCUCACAGUUUACACAGAAUGAUGCAAAAAAAAAAAAAAAAAAAAAACAUCCUGUGUGCAGAGGGUCUGCAGACUGAAACACGUUGUUGAUGAGAGAGAUCAGAGGAGAACGACCAGACUGGUCUGAGCUGACAGGAAGUCUAUAGUAUCUCAAACAAGCACUCUUUACAGCCGUGGUGGGCAGAAAAGCAUCUCAGAAUGCACAACACAUCAACAAUAUAUAUAUAGUAUACGUCCCCCUUGUGCCGCCAAAAUGGCUCUGACCCAUCAAGGCAUGGACUCUACAAGACCUCAUCUGGCACCAAGACGUUAGCAGCAAGUUGUCCUGUAAGUUGCGAGGUGGGGCCUCCACAGAUCAGACUUGUUUCUCCAGCACGUCCCACAGAUGCUCAGUCGGAUUGAGAUCUGGCCAAAUCAACACCUUGAACUCUUUGUCAAGUUCGUCAAAGCAUUCCUGAACAAUUUUUGCAGUGUGGCGCGGCGCAUUAUCCUGCUAAAAAAGGCCUCUGCCAUUAGGCAAUACUGUUGCCAUGAAGGAGUGUACUUGGUCUGCAACAAUGUUUAGGUAGUUGACACCUGUAAAAGUAAGAUCCACAUGAAUGCCAGGACCCAAGUUUUCCAAGCAGAACCUUUCCCAGAGCAUCACAAUGCCUCCGCUGGCUUGCCUUCUUCCCAUAGUGCAUCCUGGUGCCAUCUCUUCCGCAGGUAAGCAAUUCACCCGGCCGGCCUCGUGAUGUACAAUGGAUAUAAAAAGUCUACAUGCCCCUGUUAAAAUGGCAGGUUUUAAUGUGCAAUUGCAAAGUAAACAAAUAAAGUGAAAAACAAUCAGAAACUUUUUAGGUGAAAAAAAAAGUUGCAUAAGUGUGCACUCCCUUAAACUAAUAGUUUGUUGAAGCACCUUUUGAUUUUAUUACACCAGUCAGUCUGUUUGGAUAAGAGUCUAUCAGUUUGGCACAUCUUGACUUGGCAAUAUUUUCUCACUCUUUCUUGCAAAAACAUUCUAGAGCCGUCAAACUGUGAGGGCAUCUUCUGAGCACAGCCUGCUUUCAGAUCACCCCGCAGAUUCUUAGUUGGAUUCAGGUCUGGGCUCUGGCUAGGCUGUUCAAAAACACUGAUCUUCUUUUGGUUAAACCAUUCCUUUGUUGAUUUGGAAAGUAUGAGUACCCCGCUCCAGUGAGUUAAUUAUUAAAGUGACCAUGGCGACUCUAACAUAAUGAAUCUGUAAAAAAAUCCGUGAUACAGCAGUCAAGGGCUAAAUUACAGUCACACGUGUAUGCCUGUAAAAUGUUGCAACUUUUCUAUUAUUAAAAAAACUACAAUACAUGUCUGAAAAUGUCAGUUACUAAACUACACAUUUACAUAUCUUAAAAAAAUGUGUGUAUUGCUGUAUUAUUAGUAGAUUAUAUACACAAAGCUGUCCUGAAGAAGUAAAUCUCACCAAUUUCCCUAUUUAGCUUUUAACAUCACCCAGCACAGUAGAUGCUGGAAGGCAGUGAGGAGGGAAUGCAUCAAAAAUUUAUCCCACUCAGGCUUGAAUGAACUGAAAGUGCUGGACCAGAGCUCCAGCACCUUCUUUGUGUCGCCAUUCUAAUCCCCAGGCGAGCUGUUACAAAAGACCCGCCAUCGCCUGAAAAUCACCCCAUGGCGUGCCAACAGGGGCAGUCACGUGAAGGCAGAGUCCUUCUCCCAGGAGCAGGUUGCAGAUCUCAUAGCUCAGCGUCAAGGGUAUAAGGAGACAGACCAGCACAAGUCACGAAGUAGGGGCCAAAAGAAAUCCACUAAUCUGACAGAUGAAAACAAGCCUUGGCAGAAGAGACCAAGAACACAGAGAACUCAAGAGAAACCUGGACCCUCCAAUUCAUCUAACCAACCUGCUAAAUGUAUUUGCAAAGCACAUUUGAAGAAGGCGUAUGAGAUGAGACAACUGCUGGGCACAGGAGGAUUUGGCUGUGUGUUUGCUGGGAUACGCAAAGAAGAUGGAUUGCCAGUCGCAAUCAAGUACGUCUCCAAACAGAGAGCAUAUGAAGAACUGGAGAUUACAGGACAUGGUUGGCUGCCCACUGAGGUAGCUUUGAUGACCAUUGCAAACACAGAACCACCCUGCUCAAACAUCCUGCAGAUUCUUGAGUGGUAUGAUGAGCCAAAACGCUACAUCAUGAUCCUGGAACGGCCCGAGCCAUGUGAGGACCUGGCUGACUUCUGCAAGAAGCAUGGUGGAUCCUUGACUGAGAUCGUGGCUCGUAAUGUGAUGUUUCAACUGAUGGAGGCGCUGAAGCAUUGUAAGAGCCGUGGAAUACUGCAUCGUGAUGUCAAGCCAGAAAACAUUCUGAUUCAGACAGACACUCUUAAAGUCAAGCUGUUUGACUUCGGUUGCGGAGACCUCAUCAAAGGCUCUUACAAGGAUUUUACAGGCACACUUGAAUAUACCCCCCCUGAGUGGUUCAUACAGAAGCAGUAUCUGGCAGACCCAGCUACCGUCUGGUCUGUGGGUGUGACGCUGUACAGGCUGGUGUGUGGCUCUCUGCCUUUCAAGACAAGCAAGGAAAUAAAAAAUAGCCAUCUGCGCUUCACCAAACGUCUGUCUCAAGGCAAGGAACUUCAAAGACUGAUUCAUUUUAAUGCAUUUUAUUUUAUGACUACUAUGAAUUAAUUAGUCAAUACAAUGAAAUUCCCAGGAAGUAUGUACAGUUACAAGUGUGAGGAAUUUAAUCUGCACUCAACGGCAGUUUCUUUAAGGGGUUAUAUAUUAUAUAGCAGUUUCUUUAAGGGGUUAUAUAUUAUACAGCAGGUUCUUUAUGGGGUUAAGUAUUAUAUUCUUCUUUCCCAGUCUUACUGAUUUAUGUACUUGGGUAUUGUGUAACAGAGUGCAGCCAUCUGAUCCGUUGGUGUUUGAGUGCUAAAGCAGCAGAUCGCCCCAGUCUGGAGCAGAUAGAGCUUCACCACUGGUUUCACUUACCAGGUCUUUGCAGUAUUCUUUUCCUGCAUCAUUCUUUAUGUUUAUUAUUUUUUAAUAGACAGAGGGAUAAUUGUAAACAGAGAAAAACUUCCUGUAAUUCAUGAAGUACAUAUGCUCUGCAAUUCUUUAUUGUGAUUUAGGACAGGCAGUACUAUCUACUGGGCAGGAGACAGGUAUGGCUGCACUGAAAUACACCUGAUGCCUUCAAAUACAUUUCGCCCAUGGUACUGAAUUAAAAUCCAAGCAUUUGAUUUCAACUGGAGUUAGUUUCUUUUGCAAUAAAAAUUAUUCUUAUUAUUCAAUAAAACAAUAAGCCACGAGAGAGCAUGAAUUACAGUGAUUUUAUCACAGACAAGGGUGGCGUUAGGCACAAUGCAAAGCAAAGUGUAUCGCGUGCCACUGAGUGUGGGAAGGUGAGGGCAAAAUGAGAGCAUUAACAUGACAUAAUUGCUGGUGGUGCAUAGUAUAAAAAUAGCUAUGCUUCUUUUCACUAUAACUCCAGUUCUCUUUGCAGAGCAGACAAUCCUGCCCACUGUCCGAGUUUCCUCAACCAAUCCGUCCUCCACAUUUUCUCUUAUUUCUCUUUUUUUUUCAUUUCCAUAAAAACAAUGCAGAUAGACAUGAUAGACAGCUCUCACAUUUAUUUUUGUGAGGUUGUGUUGUGUGUGAGCCUUGUCACUAUUGCUUGUUUAGUGUGCACAAUGCUAUAUCCAAAAAACAACAGCUAUCAAGUGAUAAAAGUCAUGUAGUGUGAGCAGCACAGCAUUGCUGAGAUUUUGAAAAUGAUUUUAUAUGUUUAAAACUUGUGGUGUACUCACCCGUGUGCAUGUAUUGACAAUUUUACAAAGACUUUGAAUGAUUUUAGAACUGAAGCUAUCCAAUUUUUAUGUUUUUAAGAGACCAGUUAAUCUUUAAAGAUCAUUUAAAGCUGUCUUGAAUUUGCAUAAACUUACAACCAUAUUAUCAAUUCAUACUGUAUGUUUUAUUAAAGAGUUUUUUUCCAUUAAUUGUAUGAAUUGUAUAUUAUUGUAA